AUGUCGGUCCCGAAUUUUAAGAAGUUUGUGAUCGCCGUGGGUGGGACUUUCCCCAAUUUUAGACAAGCGGACUUGAAAGCAAUAGUCGAAGACAAUGGAGCGACUUUCAGUCCUUCGGUCACGGGCGAUUGCACACACCUGGUGACCACCGACAAGGAUGUAGAGAAACAGACUACCAAAUACAAACAAGCUUCCGCGCUGCCCAAUUGCCACAUUGUCUCACUUUCGUGGCUUACGGAUUCGGAUAAGGCGAACAAACCAUUGCCAGAGUCACGUUAUUCAUUUAAACUGGUCGACGGAACAUCUCAAGCAGAUCAAGCGACCCAGCAGGCAAAUUCAGAUGGUAGCGCCUCAAUUCCCAUGCAUAACACGCGUGUGACUAGGAACAGAGGCGCGGUUGCGGAUUCUGUUGAUAAAUCGGACAAAAAGGCAGCCGAUGACCAAAAGAAUGUCGUAGGGAGCAAACUCGCACCCCCUGCAGACAAGAAGUCAGCAAGCAAAAAGCGAGGCUCGGACGCAGAUUCUAUUCAGAAUGGGUCGAACAAAAAGACCAAGGACGUUCAAAAAACAGCCGCAAAGUCUCUCAACAUUCCCGUCGAUGAGGGCUUUAUCAAGACUGGCAAACUGAGUGAUCCCAAAGUGCACAUCGAUGCGGCAGGCUUAAUCUGGGAUGCCACGCUGAGCCAGACUGUGUCAUCGAGUAACGCCAAUAAGUUCUACCGUGUCCAGUUGUUGGCCGGUGCAAACUCGAAGUUCAUGACCUGGACCCGCUGGGGUCGGGUCGGGGAGCAUGGUCAGUCAGCCUGUCUUGGAGAUGGCAGCCUGCCAGACGCAAUAUCGUGGUAUGAGAAGAAGUUCAGGGACAAGUCAGGCCUAAAAUGGCAGAAUCGGCUGGAUCCUCCCAAGAACAACAAGUACACGUUCCUUGAGCGCAAUUACGAAGAGGACGAUGAAGAUGAAGCCCCAGUGAAGAAAGAGAAGGCCGUCAAGGAAGAAAAGGAAUGCACACCUCCGCCAGACAGCUCACUCUCAAAAGGACUUCAAAAUCUCAUGUCCUUCAUCUUCAACCCCAACCAUGUUCUCGAGACAUUGGCUGCAAUGGCAUACGAUGCCAACAAAAUGCCACUGGGCAAACUAAGCGACAGAACUCUGAAAAAUGGAUUCCUCGUUCUCAAAGAAAUCUCUGAAGUCAUGGCUACACCAACCCUGGCACAGCAAAGGUACGGCCAAACGCAUCAUGCCGCCAUUGAGUCCCUGAGCAACCGAUACUACAGCUUGAUUCCCCACGUCUUUGGCCGAAAUCGGCCUCCGACCUUGAGCACAAACGCAUUGAUCAAGCGAGAGGUUGAUCUCUUGGAGGCACUGACAGACAUGGAUGUUGCAAAUGAGAUCAUGAAAUCGUCCAAGGAGGACAGCGAUAUGAACGCGUUGGAUCGCCAAUUCCAGAGUCUUGGCAUGAAGGAAAUGACAGAACUGGACCACCAAUCAUCCGAGUUCAAAGAGCUCGAGAACUAUCUGCAGGGUUCACGCGGCAAGACCCAUGGUAUGAAGUAUAAAGUCAUCAACAUCUUCCGCAUUGAGCGUCAAGGCGAAAAUGACCGUUUCAACGCAUCCGCCUACUCCAGCAUCCCGAACAGCGACCGCCGUUUGCUCUGGCACGGCUCCCGCAGUACCAACUUCGGUGGUAUCCUAAGUCAAGGUCUGCGCAUUGCUCCCCCCGAGGCACCCGUCAACGGAUACAUGUUCGGCAAGGGUGUGUAUCUAGCAGAUACAUCGAGCAAAUCUGCAGGCUACUGUUGCUCUUCUAACAGCGGCGGCAUGGGAUUGCUUCUUCUCUGCGACGCCGAGCUCGGCGCUCCUAUGCUAGAACUCAACAGUAGCGACUACAGUGCCGGUACGGUAGCCCUUCAAGCGGGCAAGAUUGCGACUCUUGGAAUGGGUUCGAACGUUCCGGGUGGAUGGAAGGAUGCCGGAUGCUUGACCCCUUCUUUGAAGGGUGUGAAGAUGCCCGAUGCGGCGCUUGGAAAUACCGAUGAUAACCAGAGACGCUGUCUGUUCUACAAUGAGUACAUUGUCUACGAUAUUGCACAGAUCCGACAGCGGUAUCUGUUCCAAGUGAAGAUGAACUGA